AUGCCUCCAAAAACCUAUGACAUAACAAUCACUUUCCGCUCAGCUUCGAAUCUCCCUGUCGCUGACCUCGGCACCCUUGCCUCAGACCCGUAUGUUGCUGCAAUCCUAACCACAGCCGUCUCAAUCCAAGACCCAGAGAAGAGCCCACCACUACACUUCCGUACACCCACAGUGCGUACUACUACCAACCCUGCCUGGGAGUGUCGUUGGGACCUGGGCAAUGUUCCUAGAGAGGGUACAAAGCUACGGAUCGAUGUCCUGGAUGAGGAUGUCAGGAAUCGUGAUGAUAGGUUGGGACAAGCAGUCAUUGAUUUCCAAGAGCUGGAGAAUUGGGGCUCGAACCAAGUAAAUGAAGGGAGCUAUAAGCUUCGAAAGAAGGGUGCUAGUAAGAAAGCAGCAGUGCUAAAGCUGUGUGUCGCGGACAUGAAGAAAAAGAAGAAGGUCACGACCAUGAUUGUCGUGAGGAUUGAGAUAAAGCGCGAGACGAGGCUGGCCGAAGGGUUUCAUGACAUCAAGAGAGCUUUUACGUGUGGUCCAAAUUACUGGUCCAAACACUUCUCUCCCCUCAUCGGCAAAGUAGUCCGCGCCAAAGACUCCCCUCAAGAGGAAGACAAAGCCACAAAUUUCUCCUUCGAAGCCAACAAGCUCCAACUCACCGGCCCAGUCCCACCAGAGCUCCACCACAGAUACGUAGACUUUGCCCCCUUCGUCACAGCGUACUUUUCUGGCAAAGGCCUCAAGGGCCGUGUCCUCAACCAGGCUUUGCAUAGCCAGUAUAACCAUCUGUAUUGCUAUGACCAGAACACAGAGUAUGGCUAUAUCGACAACUCUCCAGAUGGUAGAAAGGAGGACAGCAAUGCACUAGCAAGGCGAUUCCUUGAAAUGACCCAUUGGAGCGAGGGAUACCGCAUCUUCACAUAUGUCAUUACGCUCGACGCGGAAUGGCGCUUUACCGAGACAGGCGACGAGUUCGCGGUCGACCUAUUGAGUAAGCAUAGCUUACACAGCGAUGUCAGCAAAUACAUUGCUUACUCGGGCGAAUUCUUUGUAAGGAAGAGACACAGCCAUCACGAGCAUCAUAAAGCUCACGGGAAUGACGCAAACCAUCACGAUGGGGAAGCAGCUCACGGUGCAGACGUAAUCACGUCCCCCAACGGGGAGUCCAAACACACGGACCACCACCCGUCUCACUACGAACUCAUCAUCGAUAAUGACUCUGGCACCUACCGUCCCAAAGAGGAACUCCUUCCAAAGCUUAAGAGCUUCUUGGAAUCCAACUUGCAUGGUAUCGGUGCAGUUACCACCUACCAUUGCUUCGAUAAAAAACUAGAAGAGCUCAAGAAGGAACGGAAGGACGCGAAGCACAAAGAAGAUGGACACCGAAUCUUUAGGCAGCGCAGUAUGUCUAGUAAUGGAAGCAGCAUUAGUAGUGGCGAUGAGCAAGAGCUUGACACAGGAAAGGAGGGGAACAUAUUCAAGAGGCAGUGGUCCAAAUGGAUGAUGAACGGCAGCACUUCACCGGCUGCACCGGCUGGACAGGGUGGGGGAGCUUCGAGGUGA